CAACAAGAAAAGUAAAAGAAAAUCAGUUAUAAGAAUAAUAAAUAACAAUAAUAAUAAUAAUAAAUAAUAAUUAACAACAAUAGCAUCCAAAAUUAUAACAAUUGAUAACAUAUUGUAACAGAGUAAAACUUUUAAAUAAGACCGAAUUUUAUCGAUUUUGUUAACUAUUAUUCGCUAAUUGAAUAAUUAAUUAAUCAUUAAAAAGUAUAAUUAAUUAACUAAUUAAUAUAAUAAAUUAGUUAUAAUAUUAUUACAAUUAAUUAUGUAUUAUCUUCCGGUACUACUCAUUUCAUUUUUGAAUCUCUUGAGUUUUUUCCGCGAGGACGCUAGCACCUACGCUGGUGUAACCCCACAGGAACAGCCGCACCCCUCCCGCAGGUACAACCACCACCCCACUCAAAACCAGAGUCGGGCCAACCACUCCCACCACCUCCCUCAAAACCAGAGCGAUCCGCAGCUGCAACUCCACCACCAUAGGAGGCACCACCACAAGCGGGCCGUCCCCAUUCCGGCUGCAGUAACGGAUUAUCUAACGAAAUACGGCUACUUAUCACAAGCAAAUCUGGAGACUCAGGCAAUGAGGGAUCCGGAGGAGACGAAAAAAAGCAUCAAGAGGCUCCAAAAGAUGGCUGGCUUGCCACAAACUGGCGAUCCCAGAGAUCCAAGACUGGUUGAACUCAUGAAAAAAUCCCGAUGCGGAACUAAGGACGGAAAACCCAACAAAUCAUCCGAUCCAAACGCUCCCAUUGGAUUCAGCGUUAAGGAUUACAGAUGGGAUAAAGAACUAGUAACUUACCAGAUAACUGGAUUUUCCCAGCACAUGGAUCAAAACACACAGAGACGCGAGAUUGACAGGGCCUUCCAGAUUUGGUCAGACGUGGCAAACAUCAGAUUCCAAGAGGUCAGUCGAGAUGCCGAUAUUGUUGUCUUCUUCCGUGCCCAAGACCACGGCGAUGGCUACCCAUUUGAUGGACCGAGUGGGACACUGGCCCAUGCCUUCCCACCGGGCCCGGAUCGCGGGGGGGAUGCCCAUUUUGACGAACACGAAAGGUGGAGCAGCGAUGGCAGAGAGGGGACCACGGAUUUGUUCAUAGUUGCGGCUCACGAGUUUGGCCACAGCAUCGGGAUAUUCCACUCGGAAGUGGAGGAUGCCCUGAUGUUCCCUUGGUACCAAGGGUAUCAGAAGGAUUACAAACUCCAUUAUGAUGAUAUUGUUGCUGCCCAGACGUUAUACGGCCCAUCAAAAGGAGGUAGUAGGGGAAGUUUCGCAACAAAAGAGCCCACAUAUUCCACGACCACCCCCAGACCAAGGCCGCGGGACAGCCAGCCCAACCCCUGUAAUACCGAUAUUGAUGCUGCUACUAAUUUGAGAGGGGAGAUUUUUGCAUUCAAAGAUAAGUGGUAUUGGAGGUUCGAUCAGAAUGGCGCCCUGAUAAACGGUCGACCUUAUGAGACGCAGUAUUUUUUCAAGCUGCCAACCGGUUUGAACGUCAUAGAUGCUGUUGCUGAAAUACCUGGCAAGAGGGAGAGAACCAUGUACAUUAGUGGUAACAGAUACUGGCUACUACACCUCCUUGAUAUCGAGUACGGAUUCCCGAAAUCCGGAAAACCUCUGACAUCCUUGGGAAUCCCGGCCGACAUCACGAAGAUUGAUGCUGCUCUGUAUUGGAAGUACAACGGAGCUGUCUAUCUCUUUGCUGGUUACCUGUAUUGGAAGCUGGACACUAAAGGACAGGAUUUAUACAUAGCGGAUGGCUAUCCGAGGGCAUUUGACAUGUGGGAUGGAAUCCCGGUCCCAAUCGACGCCGCUUACACAGCUUCAGACAACAGAACAUUCUUCUUCCGGGGGACGCAAUUCUGGGAGAUCGACAACGCCAGGAUGAUGGCCCUACCCGGGUACCCCAAGGACAUCGGCCAGAUGUGGCUCAACUGCCCACAAUCCCUCCAAUCCAGAAACAGUUCUCCGCCGAAUCUUUCCAAAAAUGUGGCCUUCACAAUUUUUGGCGCCCUGUUCAUCACUGUUGUAUUUUUGCUUGGAGAUGUGCACCUGACUGGUUGAUCAUGAUAAUUAUGACAGAAAUUAUAGUUAUAAUUAUGAUAGAAAUUAUAGUUAUAAUUAUGAUAGAAAUUAUAGUUAAUUAUUAUGAAAUUAUGACGAUGGAUGUUGUAACUCAUUGUAGUCUUAUAUUAUCGUAAAGCACAAUUUAAAUACAAUCUAUAUUUUAUAUUUCUGUCAUAAUUUUUCCAAUCUUAAACUUGCUUACACGCACACGCAAACACAUACACACAUACAUAUAUGUUUGCUUGUGUGUGUAUUUAUUCUUGUCUAUAUAUUUCCAAUUUUAGCCAUAAAAUCCAUUUAACAUUAUUCCAAAAAGAUAUUUUUACAUUGUUAGCGCUGUAUUUCAGGACAUUUUCGAUGUUUCUAUUUAAAUAAUAAUAAAAAUUAUUAUUAUAUAUUAUAUUAUAUUAUAAUAAUUAUUAUAUAAUUAUUGUUUUCCUAUUAUUAGCUAUGUUAUAUCACUAGGCAAUAUUUUUAGCGGCGGAAAUAAUAAUAAUAAAUUAUAUAAAAACAAAUAUAUUUAUUUAUUUAUUUUAUUCAUUC